AUGACAAGAUCGAAGAGUUGCUGUAUAGUUAUGGAGGCAUAUGUCCAGCUCAGUAAUACAAAAUCUUUUAAAACAUUUGUUACCUUAGCUUGCCGGCUACUUUGUUCUUACUUUUCAGACUUAGAUGAAUGUUUGAAUGUUUCGACAUGUCAACAUGGAGGAUCGUGUACAAAUACUGCUGGAAGCUACAGCUGCUACUGUUCCAAGGGUUGGAUUGGACAACGUUAUGAAAUAGACACUGACGAAUGUCUUAACUCUUCAAGAUGUUUAACAGGAGCUACAUGCUUUAACAAUCCUGGAAGUUACACAUGUCUUUACCAAUGUUCGGAGGGAUGGACUGAUAAACCUUGUAAAACAGCACCCCCGACAUGUUUCGCAUGCGAUUACACAUCGUCCUUGUCAUUCUGUGACAGCAUCGAACAUUGUACCGGAAAUCAGACGUGUUACCUGCAGAGUUUUACAAAUACACAUGGGCACACACAUUAUAGGUCUGGAUGUACGGACAGACAGACAUGUCGCCAACAUGAACAUGAUGGAAAUUCUGGUGAAACGUGUCUUCACUGCUGUAACGAUGACUUCUGUAAUUCUCACGGAUGCGGUGAUAAUGGAUUUCCACCGAAGCAGUCGCGUGGUCCACUGUGUCUUGACUGUACACACGUCAGUGAUCCAAACGAGUGUGACCAAAUGACAAUAUGUUCAUCCGAUGAGAUGUGCCGUAUUGAAGAGCUGCCAUGGGGAGACAAUUCGAUAUAUCAUCUGGGUUGUGCAUCAGUCCAUGACUGCGCUGUUGAAUCGAACUCACUGGGAAAACGGUCAGUGAACUCCUUAAUGCAUAGAUCCGUGCCAGUCUGCACAGAAUGUUGCCAUGAUGAUUUCUGCAACCAGAACUGCACAAGAAAGGGCUAUAACCAGCAACAGAUUAUUGUAGGGUAGACUGACCAUGCUUCGAUUACAGGAUCUUUAGAACGGAAC